GGCUGGGCAGUUACAGUUUAUGACGGAGCCGGAUAUUCCGGUGCAGAAGUCGAGGUGACAAUACAGAAAAAAUGGGGCUGGAAAGUACUAUGGUCUGUGUGGAUAACAGUGAAUACAUGAGAAAUGGGGACUUCCUACCAACGAGACUUCAGGCCCAACAGGACGCAGUGAACAUUGUUUGUCACUCCAAGACUCGCAGUAACCCCGAGAAUAAUGUGGGGCUCAUCACACUGGCUAAUAACUGUGAGGUUCUCACCACUCUCACUCCGGACACCGGCCGAAUCCUUUCCAAACUCCAUGCGGUGCAGCCCAUUGGCAGGAUCACUUUCUGCACCGGAAUCCGCGUUGCGCAUCUGGCACUGAAGCACCGCCAGGGCAAGAACCACAAGAUGCGGAUAAUCGCCUUUGUUGGAAGUCCAGUGGAGGACAAUGAAAAGGAUUUGGUGAAACUGGCAAAGCGCCUGAAGAAAGAGAAGGUGAGCGUGGACAUCAUUAAUUUUGGAGAAGAGGAGAGUAACACGGAGAAGCUGACGGCAUUUAUCAACACCCUGAAUGGAAAGGACGGCACCGGCUCCCACUUAGUCACUGUCCCUCCUGGGCCCAGCCUGGCCGACGCCCUCAUCAGCUCCCCAAUCCUGGCGGGAGAGGGAGGGGCAAUGCUGGGGCUGGGGGCCAGUGACUUUGAGUUUGGGGUGGAUCCUAGCGCUGACCCGGAGCUGGCCCUGGCUCUUCGUGUGUCUAUGGAGGAGCAGAGGCAGCGGCAGGAGGAGGAGGCCAGGAGAGCAACUGCCGCUUCUGCUGCUGAGGCCGGAAUCACUUCCACAACUGGCGACGAUUCGGAUGAGGCGCUGCUGAAGAUGACCAUUGGGCAGCAGGAGGGCACUCGCAGUGGGCUCCCAGAUUUCAGCAGUAUGACGGAGGAUGAGCAGAUUGCAUACGCCAUGCAGAUGUCGCUACAGGGGGCGGAGUUUGGCCCAGUGGAGGCCGGGGAGCUGGACAGCAGUGCUGUAAUGGACACCUCAGAACCUGCAAAGGAGGAAGAUGAUUAUGACGUGAUGCAGGACCCCGAGUUCUUACAGAGUGUCCUAGAGAACCUGCCAGGAGUGGACCCCAAUAAUGAAGCCAUUCGCAAUGCUAUGGGGUCCCUGGCCUCCCAGGCCUCUAAGGACAACAAGAAGGACAAGAAGGAGGAGAAGAAAUGACGGGCGCAGGAGCUGCCACUUGCUGAGCACUCUGAGAGACUGGGGGUGGGGCUAUCUGUUUCUAAUUUCAGUUAUAUAAUAAAUACACGUGUGUUAUUCUGAGCUGUGUGUGAGUCUGUAUGAGUUGCUUGUGUCCUCAGUGUGUAAAACAGACAACUCUGAGUAUCACUCAUGUAUUAUAAGGGAUAAUGUACCCCCUACUGUAAAUGAUAAGGAUAUUAGAAGUCACUGAGGGGUUGUUCUGUGACCAUAUAAAGGCACAAGGCUGCAGGCUGAGUUAUACAGGGAACUCUGAGUAUCACUCAUGUAUUAUAAGGGAUAAUGUACCCCCUACUGUAAAUGAUAAGGAUAUUAGAAGUCACUGAGGGGUUGUUCUGUGACCAUAUAAAGGCACAAGGCUGCAGGCUGAGUUAUACAGGGAACUCUGAGUAUCACUCAUGUAUUAUAAGGGAUAAUGUACCCCCUACUGUAAAUGAUAAGGAUAUUAGAAGUCACUGAGGGGUUGUUCUGUGACCA